AUAAACCUUCAUUUCUUUUCGACUGAAGAAAGAAAGACAUGAACAUCUUGGAUGGCAUAGGGGUGAGUAAAUUAUCAGGAAAUUUUAAUUUGAAAGUGAACUAAUCCUUUAAGACUUGAGAACUUCUCCAGAGCGUCACUUCAGAUUUUAGCCAGUUUUUCCCUCCUCCUUCUUCAAUGCUUUUAGUCUGGCUAAUAUUUCCAUAAACUGUCAGAGAAAUAAACUUCUCCUGCUUGAUUUUGCUGGUUUAUCAUGUGAAUUGUGUUCGAGUUUAAAAUAAAUCAAAUAACUUAAACCUCGACUCGUUUCUUUGGCUUGUAAACAUGUGAGGUAAAAGUUUACUUACCACUUCAGCGCGCGCCUCUCUCGUCCCGUGCACGAGCUCACGCACGCGCGCAGAGGUUCGUGAACGCGCUCCGGUGCUGAUGUGAUCCGCCCAGUUUCAUCUCCGCCUCUGCUUCAGAUAAGACACAAUGGGUCUGUACGGUUUGGCGCUGCUGUCGCUGCUGUCGCUGGAGUCUCUGGCCGUCAGCAGCGUCGGCCCCAGUAACUCGUCCAGCAGUUUCUGCACCGAGUCUAGAGAGUGUCUUCAGUUUGAUCUGAUCUGCAGGACACGCGAGUACGAGGUACGUCACUACUCGUCCUCGCGCUGGGUCUCUACGGACGCUGAGGCGUAUUUCCUCGGUGUUGGCGCCGCCAUGGCCUUCAGACGCCUCUAUCAUUACAUAUCUGGAGCCAAUGAAGAGGGUGUGAAGUUUGAGAUGACGGCUCCGGUUCUUGUCGAAGUUCCGGAGGAAGUGAAGAUGUGGGAACCGGCGAUCUACACACUCAGCUUCCUGCUCCCGUCAGCCUAUCAGGAGCAUCCGCCCACUCCCACCAACGACAAGCUGUAUUUCACGGACAUGCCGGACAUGGAUGUGUACGUGAGGAGUUACGGCGGCUGGAUGCUGUCGAUCACGUCUCGACUCCACGCUCACCUGCUGAACAGAGCGCUGACCAGAGCCGGCGCGCGCUACAACCACACAUACCACUACGCCGUGGGCUACGACAGUCCUCUGAAGUUGUUGAACAGGCAUAAUGAGGUGUGGUACGUGGCUGAAGGAGAGCCGGUCUGCGGAUCAGACCCGACCGACGCACCCUAAACAGGAAGCAGAUGAGCGUUCUCUGUAUGAGUGUGAGAGUUUGUGACACAGAUCUGCUGUAAUAUUAUAAUCCCAUGAAACAUCCAGACUGACCCUGCAAUAAUCUGCUUCAGCUCAAUAACUCAGAUGUUAGUGUCGUGUGCUCAUAAUAAACUUUUGCUGACUGCU